ACGUAUUCCAAUUUUAAUAAGCAUAUAAUUUUUUCAGGUACUUGUAAGCAAAAAUAUAACUUACUGUGGCCAGCCAGUUGCGAUCGUCGUAGCAGAAUCAUACGAAAUAGCUCUUGGUGCAGUUUAUGCUGUCAAGGUUACAUACAGUAAUGUACAAACUCCAGUCCUCACUUUGGAAGAUGCCAUCAACAAAAAGUCGUUUUUCCCGAAACAGUGUGAUGACAAAGUUGUCGGUGACCCAGACACUGCAAUCGCCCAGUCACCUAAGAAGAUACAGGGAGUCAUCUCCAUGGGAACGCAAUAUCAUUUUCACAUGGAAACACAGGUGAGUCUAUGUGUUCCCACCGAAGACGGCAUGGAUGUAUUUUCAAGUACACAGUGGUUAGAUCUUAGUCAGACUGCCAUUUCACAAGUUACUAAACUGCCGAAAAGCAGUAUCAACGUACAAGUGAAGAGACUUGGGGGAGCGUAUGGUGGUAAAAUAACCAGGAAUAGUUGGAUUGCAGCUGCUUGUGGGCUGUCUGCUUAUCUGACAAACAGGCCUGUUAAAUUUCGACUAACUCUUGGUGACAAUAUGAAGGCCAUUGGCAAGCGUUUUCCGUUUAAAGCACUAUACGAAGUUGGUAUGACGGAGUCUGGACAACUGAAUGGCAUAAAGGUUACAUAUUAUGGCGAUUGUGGAAACAGCCCAAACGACAAUUCACUUCCACAGAUGCAGACGUGGGCUGACAAUGGUAUCUCAAUACAUAGUCAUUUUUUCUGCUCGUUUAUAACGCCGUUUUUCAUUGGUCAAUCGCUAUGUUUAUAUUUCCUUUUUUUAGAUUUUAACCAAUGAAACACUUUCGAUAUGU